AUGGAUGUUACCUCUGGUCGAGAGAUGGUGGAAGCCACUAAUUCGGAGCGCUCCUUGCGCUUCCUCCACUCCCAGCAGUUCGCAGAUGUCACGGUCACAUGCCACAGCCAUACCUGGAAAUGCCACAAGGUUAAGCUUGCUGAGAGAUCAGACUUCUUCUGUGCCGCUAUCUGUGGUAGGUUUGUUGAGGCUCAGAAUUCUAUCAUCGACCUUCCGGACGACGAACCCUGCAUCGCUGCAAGAGUCAUUCAACAUAUCUACACCGGCUCCUACCCCAAUAAGCUAUCCAACGAGUUCGGAACACUCUUCGAGAAUGUGAAAGACCUCUACACCAUUAUUGAGAACGAACAUGUUGACAAGGACGGCCAAGGAGGCAGCGGCAGUCUCGCAGCCCCCCAAACCAAGAAGAGAAAGAUAGACCCCAGCAAGGCCAGUGAUGCUACACUCAAUACUAACUCUGCGAACACCGAGAAAUCUGGAUCUGUUGCAGAGCCGAUGACUGAUUCUGCCGCAUCUAACGUCUGGACGGCUCUCGACUUGAGCAUCGCCCUGUACGCUGCUGCCUUCAAGUUUGGCGUGAAACCACUCCAAGAACAAGCCGGUGCAGCAUUUCGCAAGAAUCUCCUUGAAGAGUUCUCGAGCGGAUCCACAGCGGCCAUGCAGUUGCACGCUCAAAAGAUCGUUCAAGCCGUCUACGAUAACACAAUGGGCACUGAGCGAAUGAUUCGAAAUAAAUUGCUUCAUUUUUGUCUGUCGCAGGAAGACGCAUCUCCCGCACAAAUCGACCAAAGCACUAUCAACGACAUGAUUGCGCGAAUCCCCGAAUUUGCCGCUGAGAUGGCAAUGUGCUGUUUGUCAAGCCCCUCGUGGUACUGUCGAAACUGCCAGUCGCGGCAGAAAGUCCUAAUACGCCCAUGCAGAUGCGGCAAGCGGUCCAAGGUCUGCAACGACAUCAAGUGCAAGAAGCAAUACGUCCAGGAUUCCAUUUGCGGCGCUUGCGGUACACCAGGCGUUGUUGCUCCGGCGGGAUUCUGGUCGGACGUUGGAUGGGUAUACAAAGCACGUUCCACAUGGGAAAUUGUCUCAUGGAAGGAAGCCUGGACUGGCGACUCGAGCUAG